CGCGUCGUCCCAGCAAUCCACCAUGAGUACCGCAUCGAACCAGCAGGCGGCCCUGUUUGGCAGCUCCAGCGCCGACAACGAUCCCGAGAAUCGCCAAAAGAUGCGACGGGCCAUCAUCCAGCUCGUCGGCAUCAACAUCAUCGCCCCCGUCGUCAUCAACUUGGUCGUCAUGCGCUUUGCUCCACCCAUCGUGUCCAUGGCGCUCUCGGGUGUGCCUUCGCUCCUGGCGGCGCUAUACCGCAUUGUGAUCCACCGGCAGCUGGAUAUUAUCGCUGCUUUUGUGGUCGUAUCCAUCGCCAUCUCGAUCACCGUCGUUGCGCUCAACACCGACCCGCGCUGGCUCCUCCUGAAGGACUCGAUCGAGCACUUUGUCCUUGGCCUCGUCUUCAUCGUCUCGAUUUGGUUCAAGCAAAACCUGCUCUGGCGCUAUAACGUUCAAUGGCGCGGCACCGACCCGGCUGCACUCGAGCGGCUCAAGACCAUGUGGGAGACCCGUCCGGCCAUCCGCAAGGUCACGAACGUCAUGUCGCUGGUCUAUGGCAUCGGGUUCUGCGUCGAGGCCGCCAUCCGAGUCGGGCUCAUCUUUGUUCUCCCCACAAACGUCAUGUCGAUUGUUUCGCCUCUCCUUGGACUGGGCUUUUUGAUCCUGGCCGCUGUCUGGACCCGUCACUUCAUUCGCCGGCUGAGGGAAAAGUACCACAACGGACAAUUGGCUGCUCCAACCCAGGCCCAGCCCGUCGCUGCCGCUGCGGCUGUCGUUGUUCCAAGCCAGCAGCAGCCCCCAGCCGCCGGCGUUGAGGUAGCCCCGUCCCAAGGAGCUUGA